AUUUCGAAUUAUGGUGAACUCGCUGUUCCGCUCUUCAUGCUCUUGUUUCGUAAGACUACAUUGCCUUUCUUCAUCACUUUCGUGUGUUGAUGAGGGUUACCUUGCUGUGUUCACCAAACAUGAAUGAUGGUACAGUGUCGAAAAAGAUAGGUAAAAAACGUACAGUAGGAACUGCUAGUGCUACGGACUCGCAGGAUCAGCCGACGGAUGAUUCGGGACCUCCGUCUUCUCCGAUAUCGUGUUCACAAAAAAGCGUGGAGGAUGAAACCACUGCAACGAGUUCGUGUUCUUCACAAGAUUGCGAAGUUGAAGUGUUCGGUGGGAGAAAGAAGAAAAUAAGUCCAAUAAAACUGCCAGCAUCGGCCAGUUUAUGGAAGGAUGAUACUUGGUGGGCUGAUGGGGACGUGCUUAUGGGGUCUCCUCUGGAUUUAUUGCGCAUAAAAUACGAUAGUGAAUUCAUUGACAAUCACAUUGGCGCUGACGACGAGGAUGACUAUAAGAGUAUAUUCGAAAUGGCCAAUGUGAAGAUCGACCAAGACCUGGAAGAAAAAAUUAACAAAAAACAGGAAGAAAUGACUAAAUGGUUACCCGAGAAGUUCAACAUCGAAAAUCUGGACUUCGAAGACACAGAAAAAUUGAAAUUAAGCAUGAGCUUCCUAAUAUAUAUAAUGGAUAAAAGCAACAUGGAUCAACAAGGGUACUGGAUAUAUCAUGGAUGUAUGGCAUACCUUAAAAGACUGAAAAGUAUCUUUGAAAUGUGUUUAGCCCAACCACCUGCAAAACCUGAUGAACAGACCUUCACUUGGCUUUUCUGUACAUUUACACAGAUGCUAUCAAUUGAUUUGCCUUCCGGUGGAUGUAUGCCCCGUUCCUUGAGGGUGUGUGGUAAUGAUGUGAAAUCUAUCCCUGAUUUGCGUAUGCUGAAAGUUGAAGACAUGAAACUGAAGGGAUGUUAUGAAAUCUCUGUCGUCACUGUUGGUGAGGUGAAAAAACGCACUGUGAGUGUAGUGAAAGAUCAGGAAGAACAAUCUGAUGCAGCAGGAGAUAACUUGAUAAAGCGACGUCGUCUUGACAAACUGAAAAACACAUUUUCAAGUGAUCUUCGUGGACAGCAUGCUGCCGAGUUAUUAGUUGAGCUUCCAUUUUCAGCUGUGAAAGGUUAUAACAACGACAACCUUAUCUUUGGUUUGGUCAUCCAGGCAACAAAGGUCAGUCUUACUUGUCUAAGGAUGAAGAAAGAGCACCUGCAAGAGCUGCUUGAGGAGACAAGUGAAGUAAGUCCUUCACACAAGGCGAACAUUUUUUACACUAGGCCGUAUGAUAUGUUAUGUGCAGAGGAUCGAAAGCACUUGGUUUACAUUUUGACAACUUUGGCUAAGCUUGCUGGUCAUAUUAUAUGAAUACUGUAAUCAAGCCCUCUUCGUAUGCACAUUCCUGUUUGUCCCUGCUCAUGUGACUAUCUUAAAAACAACUGGACUGAUUAGCGAACAGCCAGUGGGUCAAGAUCAAUUAAUGCAUUUACCCACAUCACUGCAAUAAUUCGAGUGUUCAAACACAGACUGUAAGUUGUGUUCCAACAUAUAUGGGUACUUUUAGUCACCCUCAGUUAAGUUGACUUCAAUGGUUUUUUACUCUAUUAACACUUUCAGCGCCCAGCCAUAUUUAGCGUACUUCCCCCAGGGGCCAAGGUUACGCCCCUUUUUACCCUUUUUCAAAAUUAUGAAAACAAUAGAAGGAAUAAAGAUAAUUACAUGAAAUUUUCUGUGUUGGUUCUUCUUUGUUAGAUCUCUUUACAAUGCUAAUUUGGAAUGAUAGUCAGCAAAGCACUUGAUUUUGCACAAUGGUACCCCACACAUAGAACAGUAAUAUCUGGUGUCUUUCCGAAUACCCACUUUUUGGCAUACUCUCGGCUACAUCUGCCCCCGUCAUCAAUCUUCGACCCGCCAUUGCGCCUAUUCGAAUGCAGACAAUCUUGGCUAUAAAUAGCACAUUGGCUGAACAUCAUACUAUCACUUCAAGCGCUGUAUAGUUAAAUUGUUUUCCCCUAUACUGCGCUGCUAGUCGCCUCGAAGACAAAGCGGGAAAUUUAAAAACGCGACGUAAUAUUACGUCGGAUGGCUCAACCGUGUGAACUUGCAAGACGUAAAAUUACGUCAGAUGGCGCUGAAAGUGUUAAGUGGACACGAAGUGCGUUAAGUUGCCAAAGGCUGGUCCACUUUAUACGGUCGAGACAUAACGCUUUAAGAUUUAUAGAAUUUAUAUGGGUAUCAAGUUGAUGCAUUGGCAUUCCUGCCGUAUUACUGACAAUACUAUAGACAGGAAAGUUUUUCACGAUUUUUUAAAAAACCUAAAUGCGUUUUAAAAUUUAACAUGUUAAACCAAUUUCUUCUCUCGUUGAUAAUGCAGAAUUUUAUCUGCGUUUUAACAUGUUAAACCAAUUUCUUCUUUCGUUGAUAAUGCAGAAUUUUAUCUGCAUUUUAACAUGUUAAACCAAUUUCUUCUCUCGUUGAUAAUGAAUAUUAUUUUGAAUUUUAUCUGCAUCAAUUGAUUAACAAGCAAAUUUUGAAUUUUUAGCUCAGCUGACAAAGUCAGCGGAGCUAGUAGAAUAGCUGUUCAAAUGGUGUCCGUCCUGCAAUCCAUCCAUCUAGGGACCCAUCUGUGGACAAAAUUGGACAUUUCUGAUUGGGAAGGCCUAGCCACUUCGUUGACGGUGCUAAAUUAGGAGUUGCCCAAGGUGAACUCAAAAAACGAAAAAUCAGCGCGAUCCGACCUGUAUUAAGAGAAUGAGGUCAUUUCGCGUGUAGAUUUCUUUCCCUUUUUACCUCGGUCCACAGAGCAAAUAUUGUUUUCAAAUGUGGCUGAAUAUUUUUUAAUAUUUUUUCAUUUUUUACUUUUAAUGGAAUUAAUAUGGUUUUCACCGCCAGUUGGCGCUGCAGGCACAUUGACUGAAUUUUGGCGAUUUCAAAUUUGGCGGUGGCUCAACUUUUUGCAAGCAGUGCCGCUGAUUGGCCGAUCGAUAGAAGAGAUGCCACCAUUUAAAAAUGGCGGUAGUCGCUGCUUCAAUGAAGAUGAGUGAACUUUCUCAUGUUCAAUCGGUUGAUACUCUUUUAAUCAACAUGACCAUGUACCUGAAAUUUGUUUAGAUUAACUGUUGUUGGUUAUUACAAGAGGAGUCGUUGGCACAUUUCAAGUCCAGGAAAGCACUUGCUGUUCCCACAUUCAGAGUGAGGUGUGCUUCUCGUUUUACUGCUUUCCAUUCCCGGAGAGCGUUAUCAAAUAUCUGCUGCAAGGCAACAAAUAUCUGCCGCAAGGCGCUUCAAAUAUCUGCCGAAAGGCAUCAAAUAUCUGCCGCACCAAUAAAGUUCAUUUUGUUAACCAACUCUUUAUCUUCUUUUCUUCACAUACAAAAAAGACCGUCCCAAACAUUUGGCUGCAUCCACUUCAUCAAUGUCCAGACAACAGUCGGUUCAUUUGACCAUUGUAAAGCACCAGGCCCCACCUCACAAAAUACACUGUAAUAAUCAUGUACCUUGUGUCCAUGUGCAUGUUAUUAGUUCCACCUACGCUGCAUGAAGACAAGGACUCCACUCUUUGACGUCACCACACAACUCCUUGACGUCAUCACACACCCCACUACUGCAACGGCAAUAGAAAUGACUUUACGUCAUAAUACCAGGGUGACGUCAACUCAGUACUUCAGCAUGCACUGAUAUAGCAAGAAGGUCUUUCGCAUCAGCACUUCUGCGUGCUAGACGUUAUAGCUUCACGUUGCCUCAUAAUAACGUUACCGACACACACUUGGCCCUUGCCUUCACCUAUCCAUUUCAGCUGAGCGCCAGGCCCUUGGGCCUCUUGUUAAUAUUUCAAUGUUUAAAGUUUGAAAGGUGUUGAUAAUUUACAUGAACUGAAUGAACAUGAACUGUGUAUUUUACCAAUAGAUGUAUUGUCAUUGGAGCUAAUUUAAUUAUUGAAACAGGUUACCUUUGUCACCAAGUUGUUGUUCAAUAUUCAUGGCUAAUUGUAUCUUUUUCAUUUACUGUGGUUUAUUUUCAUGGUGUGCAUGGUUCUUAUACUGUUAGUGUUAUUAUAGGCCCCAGAUCCCGUCUGGGGACUAUAUUGAUAUCCCUGGAAUUCUCGAAACUGUUAUUUUCUUCCACCAACACAUUUAUUGCGGUAGUCCAGCAAAACGGCUAAAUAAACCAGAAAUCAAUCACCCUUACGCCACCAAACCCAAUUCAAUCUAUGGACUAUCGCAAAAGUAUUUUUAAAAUCCUGAGUAUUUCGAUACUUUUGAAGCAUUUUUUGCUGAGAUAUCGUCUGAUCGUCUUCUCCCAACAUGCUGAAGCCGCGAUUCAAUUUGACAUGCGCUGUGACAUGCGCAGAGGCAAGACGCUGAUACAUUAGCAUAAGCUCCGCCCCAUCAUAAUGACGUCAUUAUUCUCAGGAGUUGGUCGAGCGAUGUGACGAUGGAGGUAUCAUAAAGAAACCCAAUUCGAUUCAUGGACUAUCGCAAAACGAUUUUUCAAAACUCAGAAUAUUUCGAUGCUUUAGAUGCAUUUUUAUGACUCCAGCUCCUCCCUCUGGGAGCUGGAGUCAGUAUUGUUUUCGCUCAGGUUUCUCGUACAAUCACGUGACCUCUCCAACACUCGAUAAUGCACUCUUUUCGUCCACGUUUUAGGCCAAUCUUCGGCAUGAACAUGAAAUCUAAUAAGCGCAGUACUUAAAUCAGAUGUUUCUCUCGCCUUGAAAACAUUCCUGGGUAAAAUACAUUGAGAUUAGCCAAGUUAAUCUACUUUUUCCGUGCUUAAAAUCUCUGCCGCUGAAUUCUAUUAAUAGAAACUAUUAACAUCGCGGCAGUGUGGUUCCCAUUGUGCGCUCUCCCACUUCACACCAUGUCAGGAAGUUUUACGGAGAGGGAGGGCGUGCGGUAAGAAGAAUGGGCAAAAUGACGUCACGUUUUCCUGGCAAUGCCUCUUGCCAGACCAGUCAAGCAUUGGGAAAGCAUCUUUAAUUCAGACAACGUUCGAACUAGAAAAACGAAAAGUAAAAGCAGAUUUCACCACUAACCAGUCAAAUCGGAAUACGUCGGCGCAAAAUGUUCUCGCUUUCCUCCUGCUAAAAAAACCUUGUUCCCGCACUCCUAUUUUAAUUUAUGCCCAUCGUUCAACUAGUCUUCUCUCCCCAGGUGCCUCACGGACCUUCAGGUUCCCAUACUCAAGACCAACUCUAACGAUAUUGCCCUCAAAACAACCCUGGAGUCAUGACUACCUGGGGACUAUCAAAUUUGCUACCAGCAAAUUUCGGAAUUCUAGUUUUAUUGUUUACCAUUUCAUUGUCAUAUGAUUAUUUGCAGAUCUCUCUUUUACAUAAUAAGGACCAUUAGGUCAUACAGCAUUUCUUAUUUGACCCACUUUUCAAGGUCACAGAGAUCAAAAGGUGUGAGUUGGCUUUCACUUUCAGGCUACAUGUAUAACUAUGGCACGUUUCUUUCUGCAAUGACUCUUAAUUUCUUAUUUGGUACAUAUGUAGUAUGUACCCCAUGAUGAGGUGAUCUCGGAGACGAAAGUUCAGUUCACUCUGGUUUUGGCCACCAGGAAGUCAGAUCUAAAAACAUAAAAAAGUGCAAUCAUUCCUUUAAAACUACUUGCUUGAUUGCCACAAAUUGUAUUUUUUUAUUUUGCCUACUUUUCACAGGAGUCAAAUGCCAUGAACCACAGCUGUAGCUGUAAUUAUAAUGGCCAUAAUUUUGGAAAACAAUGCGCCCUACAUGAUAUCAUCUAGACGCAAUUAAUUAUUUUAAGGGUCUGUCAUGAUUUUUUAACUCAUUGGUAUGGUGAGGCUAUAUAGUACCAUAGUGUCCAUCGACGUCUGUGACCUUUUUCAAAAACAGGGGCCUGUUACACAUGGUCCCCUAGGUCAGGUGACCUCUGACACUGAAUUUUGGUUUGGUCUAAUUCUUGACUUGGCCGCCAGCAGGCCAAAACUGAAAACCUAAAGUAUCAGAACUCACCUGUUACUGAUUCGGUUUUGAUAACAUUUUUGUGGUAGGUGUACUCCUAGCAAGGAUACAUUGCAUAUCGUACGGGUUUGUGAUUUGACGUAUUUUUUCAAGGUCACAGAUGCCCUAUGGCGUAAAAAAUUGCAGAGUGUAAUUAUGGGACAUUUCCUAACCACUGAGGUUAUGGGUUUGAGACUUUAAAUGUUUGACCCCCUAGGUCAGUUGACCUUUGAAGCAAAUUUUGGUUCAAUGUGACCCUUAACUUGGCCACCAGGGGUCAAAAACUGAAAUCAAUUGUCCAUGUACCACUUUGUCAGGUGAUCCGAGGGAUAAAAGUUAAAAAAAUGUCACUGACACAUUGUAAUUCAAACUGCAGGAUAUUUAACCCAUUCGCUGCAGACAAUGUUUUGUACCCUUCUUGUCUCACCGGUCCGAGGACAUGGAGGGGUCUACAAGUGCGGUGUCUGUCUUCCAUAACCCCCUAAGUCCAAUAUCCUCUGACACUGAAUUUCAGUUUGGUCCAGUCAUUGCAUGAUGCGGCGGUCAAUGUAAACCCAUAACCGGUCGACAUUUUUUAAAAAGUUGACAGUACCUAUUUUUGGGGUCGACAAAGGGGGUGUUCAGUGUUGGCAUUGCUGCUGAUUUAGAAAUUCAGACAGUCAGAACCCUUGACCCACUGGAUCUGGCUGAAAGUUUCAGUGAUGUUUGACUGAACUCCCAAACUUCAGAACCAAAAUUAUCAUAAUAUUUCAACUUCAGGAGUGCACCACCUGAAUUACUUACUGAUAGUGGACUGACAAGGGUAUGUGUAAAUUUCGCCACUGUUUUUCAUUUGGGACACUCAUGAAGAAGUUGAAUACGAUGGCGCCCAAAGUAGUUCCAGAUGCCAAUUUUCAUGUUAUUCUAAUAUUUAUUAUUCCAAUGCUUGGAAGCACUAGUAUGUAGAUGAGAUACCAAAACAUUUUAAUUUAUUUGGGGUUCUCAUGAACUUAUGAGACACAGGCAGUCUAAGUGGGCAAAAUGGCCAUAUGUGGACACUUUUCCGGUUACUUCAUGAGUCAUCUGGCACAUGUUACAAACAACAUCACAGAACAGAUUUCUAAUUGGAAAAGACGCAAUGAAACAUUUUUUGGUCAUGACUUAUCUCCCUUCGAAGCUAAAUGAUUACCCUAAUUUUGCCCAACCCCUGGAAGGACUUUCAAAACGGAGGGUCAAUAACCCUUUUUUAUUUCCUGUUUUUUUCCUGCUUUGUUUUGCAUGUAGGCAACUGAAAAUAUAUUGUAGUUACACUGGUUGUACCAUUCAUUGUGGUUGACAUCUACAUUCCUAGCCUCAUCAUAAAUGAUUACACAGGGUUCAAUGAAUUAUGAAAUGUAGACCUUCUGUAUGUUCCUGUUGUAUAUAUUUGUUCACUUGACUCUCAUUGUAUUUAUCUCCUUUUGGUCUUGUGGAAUUGUAUUGCAUUUAAGAUAUUUGCCCUUGCAUGUGGUGGCUGGUUAGGCCUUUUUCUAAUCAUAAAUCUUUAUGGGCCUCUGAUCAAGUGCAAGUUUGUGAUAUGGUUCGAAUGAUGUAUAUCGAAGCAGUUUAAUUUUAAGUAGCAUAAGAUUUUGGCGCACCGCAGGGGAGUCUAUACAACGCUGCGGUGUCCGUCGUCGUCGUUCGAAACCUUCUUCAACAACAGUGGCUUGUUUUUUAACCACGAGUGCUAUGAACUUGAAACUUUGUACACAGGACCCCCAGGUCAGGUGACCUCUGAAAAUGAAUUUCAGUCCGAUCAAAUUCUUGACUUGGCCACCAUCUGGGUCAGAAGUGGAAACCUAAAAAGUGUGAUAUCUCUCUGAUGAGUUACUCCUUUUCGAUAAAAUCUUUAUGCCAUGGUAGGUUCUCCUAGCAAGGAUACAUCACAUAACAUAUGGAUUUUUGAUUUGACCAAAUGGCGUAAAUUGGCCAUUUGAGUGUAACUAUGGCAUGUUACUUAAUUGAUAAAGCUAUGAACUUAAAAUUUGGUACACAUGACUGCUCCGUCAUAUAGCCUCUGACACUGAAUUUCGGUAUGUUCUGAUUCUCAACUUGGCCACCAGGGAGUCAAAACUAAAAAAGGUAAAAAGUGCAAUAUCUCGCGUGUUUUCAAUGAUAGUUUUAUAGUAGGUUCUCCAAGCAAGGAUACAUCACAUAUCCUAUGGGUUUUGCUUUGACGUUUAUGGCCUUAAUAUACAACCAUACACCAUGAUCUGUCUAAACACAGUAUAGGCUACUCAUUUUUUAGCGAGACAUUUCUCUACUUCCACACCAGAUCUACAGAACACAAAAUCCACCUGUUAUGGUUAAUAAUUGAGACAUUCUAGAAUGUGUGCUUUACUCUGUUACGUUAGUUUCAUAAUGACAACCAAUUUCGUGAUUUCCACGGGCAAAAGAUUUUGGCCGAUUACUGUUAGCACUGAAA